AUGGGAAAACUAGAUAUCGCCACCAUUUCCAGUGAGGUUUCUUGUAAAAGCCAGAAAGCUGAGUUAGUUAUAGAGAGUUUAGCUGAGGAUUUUAGAAGGAAGAUAGAAGUCUGGACAAUGCCAGAGAUGUGCACUAACCUGAGGGUGUUGAACUGGAAUCACUUGAAGAAGAGUUAUGGUCACCUGAGUGGCAUUCAGUUUCCAACCAAUCCUGGUGGAAAGAAUGUUGAUAUGGUACUUGGAUCAGAUUACCCAGAGCUGGGAAUUUGUUUAGAGGAGCGACAAGGAAACCCAGGCGAGCCUAUAGCCCGAAGAACUCCAUUGGGAUGGACCUGUGUUGGAAAAGUGAAGACAGGAAGAGCCCGGAUUGGGAACAACCUGUGUACAUCUCUUCGAUCAGUUACCAGACCCAGCCAGAUUGAUGAAGAGAUGAGAGCGCUAUGGAAUCAAGAUUUGAUAGAGAAUCCAGAUGUAGACAAUUUUAGUCCUGAUGAGAAGAAAGCCAUAGCCAAAACCAAAGAAUCUUUGAGAUAUGUCGGAGAUAGAUUUGAAGUGGGAAUACCUUGGAAGAGAGAGAAACCCAAUCUUCCUGACAAUAGAAGUAUGGCUGAGAAACGGCUGAGAAGCCUGGAAGCAUCAUUCCGGAGAAGACCAGAGGUGGGAGAACAGUACAAGAACGCCUUUAACCAGAAUAUCGAGAAGGGAUAUGUUAGAAAGUUGUCACCUGAAGAGGCAUCCGAGAAAGGAUGGUAUCUGCCCCACUUCGCCAUUGUGAAGAAAGAUAAAGAGACCACUAAAGUAAGAAUAGUAUACGAUGCAGCUGCGAUGUUUGAAGGGACAAGUCUGAAUGAUGAGAUGUUGCCCGGACCAAAUCUGCGGAAUGACAUUGUUAAGAUAUUACUCAAUUUUCGUCGUCGUCCUGUAGCCUUGGUUGGAGAUGUGAAGGAGAUGUUCAACCAACUUGUUUUGAAACCGGACCAUUCUACUAGAUAUCAUCGACUGUUAUGGAGAGAUUUACAGCUGGAUCGUCCCAUAGAUACGUAUGAAGCAGUUAGAGUGGUAUUUGGAGAUCGAGCUUCACCUUAUCUGGCUAUGUUUGUACUGAGAGAGCAAGCAGACAGAGAGUCUAAGAAAUAUCCAGUAGCUAGCCAAGUGAUAAAAUCUUCGACUUGCAUGGACGACAUUAUUGACAACCAACUUGUUUUGAAACCGGACCAUUCUACUAGAUAUCAUCGACUGUUAUGGAGAGAUUUACAGCUGGAUCGUCCCAUAGAUACGUAUGAAGCAGUUAGAGUGGUAUUUGGAGAUCGAGCUUCACCUUAUCUGGCUAUGUUUGUACUGAGAGAGCAAGCAGACAGAGAGUCUAAGAAAUAUCCAGUAGCUAGCCAAGUGAUAAAAUCUUCGACUUGCAUGGACGACAUUAUUGACAGUUUUGAAACUACAAAGGUAGCCAGGGAAAUACGAGAAGACUUGCAGACGGUAGUAAAACCAGCCGGAUUUGACAUCAUGGGGAAGCAACCAGAUUGA